AUGGGUUAAUAUCUUUGCUGCCUUGAUCAGAAUAUCGAUCCAGCUUAGCCAUCUAAACAAGAUGUGAGGUUGAUUAGGGUAUCGAAAAACUAUCCAAAAGUCACCUAAAUUACCAUUGAACAAAUAGCUUUAGAUCUCUUGGGAGAAUCUUCAAACUAUAAUAAUCUUUAUCAGCCUAAUUAGCAACUUUCGUUCUAAUAAGAAAAACUAAUUUUGAAGAUAAACUUUGGGGAUGAUGAAGAAACAAGCUUCAAAAGCGAAGUAUUCUAACCAGAUAGCAUAGGAAAUGCAACAAGUUUAUUCUCAGCAUUCGAUGAAAUCAGACCAAUAAGCAAAAUAAUGAUAGAUUACUUCACUUUGGCAAUCUGCCCUUAACAUUGUGAGAUCGAACUAAAGAGCAUCAAAAACGAGAAAAUAUUCGGCAGAGUCUAAUUUGAUAUAGAAUUUUAGCAGCUUGAAGAAAUAUAGAUUGUAAUGAAAGAUUUGAGGUGUAGAUUUGACGGAAAGAAUGAAAAGCCUCUAUAUGCAGUAUUUAAAGCAUUGACUAAUUAAGAAUCUGUUGUAUCUAAAGAAACUGAAACUCUAUUCGGUGAAUAUAACAAGGAAAAGAAUAAGACUAUCUAUCAUUGGGGUAUAGCAAUGAACUUGUAUGAAGAUCCAACAGUUAACAUAAAUGCUAGUAUGAAUACUAUAAAAUAAUCUACACUGCAUAUUUGCCUGUACCAAAAUAAAGAAUUCCAAAGAAUAGACCAGCUCAAAAGAAAGAGAUCAAGAUAAAGUAAGGAUCUAGACGACAGUUUUGAUGAACUAGAGCAAAAUGAGCCAAGAACUUAGAGAAACAGUAAGAGAUCUAGUUAAUUCUCAACAUUUAGCACAUAUAAGGAAUAGCCAACCAAUAAGAGUCCUCUAAAACUCAAAGGAAGAAGAUUUUCAAAGCUAAACAAUGGUGAGUUUACAGCGGAUCUAAAAAAACAUAAAACAAUAACUAGAAUCAUAAAGAAACCUAGCCUUGAUGGAAUUACUGAAUAUAACUCGAAUUUGAAAUAAGAUUCUGCUGAUUUUUAAUCAGAUGAUGAUGAGUUGUUUACAGAUCUAAACGGAGAAUGCUAUAUCUGUUUUUCGAAGUUGUUAAAAACUGAGUUGAGAUUAUUUGAUAGAAGAGACUCUUUCGUAAUCAAAAAUAGUAUGAGCAUGACCAAGAGGUAGUCUACUAUGGAUUUAAGUGCAGCUAAUGAUUCAAUAAGCGGAUUAAAAUUAGGAGUUUCAUAGAGAGGAUUUGGAACACAAGAUACUAAUAUGUCAUUAGCUCGAUAAUAGUCUAGCAAGCAGAUUAAGAAAUUUAGUGAGAAAAUAUCUGUGGGAGGAAAAUAUAAUGGUAAAAUUAAAGGGUCAUAUAAGAUCUCAAAUAUUCCAGUACUUCAGCAAAUGAGUAUUGGGAUUUUAACUGAGAAUGGGAUAUUUAUGACUUCUGCCCCAAUUUUGACUGAUAAUGAAACUAGUUUGUUCUUUUUCAAGAAGAGUAAAAGCAAUCAAAAGAUCAAGGAUCUUUAAAAUCUCAUUAAGAAACUAAAGGAAUUAGAUUAGCUCAAAGGUAGAAAGCAAACAAAGUCAAGAGCACAGUAAACAUUAAUAGAACUUGGAUUUCAUUGCUUAAUGUUUGCUAGUAAUGUCAAAUACGAACUAAGGCAUUAUUACUAUACAAUGCUAACACUUAUUUUUGAAAGAGAAGAGUUGAAAUUAUCUUCAGUAGGUUUCCUUGCUGAUGAGGAAUCGGAGGGUCUUUUUGGCUUAAAUCAAAAAGCUCUAUAGAGCUAAGGAGUAAACAAAGAAUAGAUCAAAGAGGAGAGACUUAAAAUAGCCAAAUAUUACUAAAAAUUGUUAUUUAAUACCUUAGAUGAUGCAAUUACUAAAUUUUGCAGAAAAGGUGUUGAACUCUAUCUUAGAAACUAUAUUGAAAAGUUUAUUAGUACAGCUUUAUUCAGAAUCCCUAACUUUAGAAAGGUUUUUAUUGAAACUAUUCUUAAGAAGUCCAAUAAUUCCAUUGAGGAAUGGAAAAAUAUAUCUUGGAAUAUUGACAAUAAUCAAGAUGAAGAUUAGGAUGCUUCACUACAGUAAUUCUUCGAUUGGGAAAAUCACUUUUACUUGCAAAUUCCUGAUUGCAAAGAAAAGAAGGAUGCUUAAUAGAUACUCUUAAGAAUGAUGCAUAAUGAAAAGUGGCAGAGCAAAAUCUAAAAAAGAACUCAGGCAUUCUUUGAAAUAAUUUGCAAAGUAGUUGAUCUAAUGCAUCAUACUGUGAGUGCGCAUAAUCAGAGCAAACAGAAUAUGUUUUGGUAAGAUAUUCCUGGCUACAAUCAAAUCCUAAAAGCAUUCUUACAAGAAUUAAAAAACCUCUAAAUAUUGGAUUACCCUGAUUCACUGAUAGAGGCAUCAAAUACUUUUCUCACAAAUACAUAGCUCUUAUCAAUAUUUAUUACAAUCAUUUUUAAGAAGACAAAUUUCUUCUUUUAAGCUAUUUAGAUAUCCCUAGAUAAGAUAGAUCACAAUCUGUCAACUUCAAAAGUGCUUUGGUCAUUAUUUUUUUUCCAUUGGUCUUACAACAUUAGAGAGGUUUUUUACAUGCUCUUGCUCUACGAAAUCGAUUUUAAUCUUUUAUAAGUUUAAGCCAAAAAAAAGUCAAUGAGCAGCAGCAGAUUAGGUGAAAUGAGUAAUUUUGACAAGAGAUAGUUUAGAAAGUAGCAGACUAUAAAUUUAGAAAAAUAUUUAGAGGAUUUAAAUAUGGAAAAGUCAUAGAGCAAAGAUUCAAAUAACACUCGUGGAGGCUAAUCAAACGAUGACGAUGAAUUUUUCACCUUGUUAGAGACUGUUCAAUCGCAAAGAGCAUCAACUAAUAAAAGAUCAUUUAUUAAAAAAGAGAGCGAGAGAAAAUAGAUUCUUACCAAGUUGAUGAAUGUUCAAAAACUGAUUGAUCAAAAAUUUGAUGACAUUGAGUACUUAUCUCAGUAUGUCAAGAUGAAGGGUAAUUAUUAAUUACCCUCUAAGAAGGCAAACGAAAUAGAUGAAGAAGAAGAAUAUGUGCCAACUUCUGACUCUGAUUCUGACAAGGAGAAAGAUGAGGAAUAACUAAAGCAGAUAAAGAUUGAGAAUAUUAACCAUAAAUUGGACGAGAUUAACUUAAACAAAAUCAUGAAUAGAAUUCCAGAGGAGCUGCAUAUUUAUGUGCAGGAUAAGGUAUUUAAUUAAUACGACUAAAUGUUCCAUGAGUUCGAAGAGUGGCAAUCUAGAAUUACUAGCGUUAGGAUUGGAUUAUAAUAUUUAAGUGAAUAAUUUAUUUUAUUUUAUUUCAAAAUUAAAACUUAAAUGCAAAGCGAUAGAUACUAAUCUCCAGAUACCUCAAACAUUGUAGAGCAAGUUGACGUUUCAGCCCACAGACUAAACUACUCACCCUCAGGAGACAAAUUAAACAUAAGUGGAAACCUCUCAAACAGAUCAGGCAGAUCAGGAAGUGCUGUUAGAUCCAGACUGUUUAUGGAUGGACAAGAGAAAGCUGACGAGGAGCAAUGGGCCAAAGAAGAGUUUGAAAGAGAAUUGCAUGAGCUUCAAAACAAAGAAGGGGUUACACAAGAGGAGAUCGACUAGUUCAGGAAAUCAGCUAUUCUUAAGAGGUCAUUAGAUGUCGUCAAGACAAAAGCUAAUGAACUCGCAGCCAUUAGAAAUAGCCCAUCUAGAUACAACACAGUUAAGUCAAAGGUUGCUAGAAACAUUAAGGUCCAAGAUAAGGCUGUGAAAAAGCAAAAAAAAGCUAUGAUUGCUGCUCAAAUGGGAGUAGAGGAAAGCAAUGCAUCCACAAUUCAAUAAGAUAUUAACUCUUCCUCACUCAAAUUUGACUCGACUUUGAAUGUGAGACAGUUAGGUAUGUCAAUCAACCAAAAAGGAAGCACAUGGGAGAAGACUCAUAACAAAAAGGUUCAAGAGAAGGACGACUUGAUUAGGCAAAAAGAGCAGGAGAUUGAGCAACUACAAAAUGAUAUUAAAUCAAGGAAAGUCAGAGAGAAUCUUUCACCUGAGAGAUGGAGUUCACCCUCUAGGAUUCAUGUUGAGAAUAAAGAGUAGAAUUAAUAGAAGCCUCAACAAUAAGCAGAAGUUCAGAUUAAUGUUCAAAUCAACACCUACACUUAAGUCUCAUAAUAAAUCACAAACACCAAUAAUCAAGUCAGCCCAGAGCCAAAGGCUUAAUCUAUUCAAGUUAAAAGUAAAAAGAAUGCUGUUUCAUCAGGAUACAUGGGUGGGAACUAAAAGCCAGCCUAAUAAGUUGUUGAACAAUAGCAAACAGUCUAGGUCUAAGUUCAGGUAUAAGCUCAAAUCUAAGAGUAAAAGCAGGUUCCCCAACCAGAAUCAAAGCCAACUCUUCCACCAGUUGAUGAAGAAGAUACAUUCCAGCAAAUGGCUUAAGCUCAAUAUCAAAGAAAUGAACCUUAAAAGGACCAUAAAUUCCUGAACAGGGAUUUGGAAAACAAAACUAUCGCUAUUUAAGAAGAAUUCGAUAACCUUCUCGAAGAGAUGAUGAAUAACAGACAAAAUAGAGAUACUGAAGGUUUUUACAAGAUUAUGGAUCAAUAUUAUAGUAAUGAUCCAGUUGAAAAGCAUGACUCACCAACUAAGAGACUAAUCUCUCAUAAAAAUUCAGUCUAAGAUCACAAGAAGGCCAUGAAGGAUAAUAUCCAAAGAGGAGAUUAUUCAAUGACAUAUUGUACUGAGCCAGGUAAGAGUUAUAUUAUUGAGCCAAAGGGUGGCCAAAUCAAUUAUGAUAUUGUUCACAGAAAUCCAACCAAGUUCUAUGAUCAAGUCUUCAAUUAAGAGAUUGUUAAGCACAAGAUCAAAGAAGAUGAAACUUAAGUCAGAAAAUCAAAGACCCAGAUCUAAAUCUCAUCUAAAACCACUACUAGACCAUACUUAAGAAUUAUGCACAAGAUCAAGGUUAGGUUAGUUGAGAUGCUUCAAUAGAAGAUAGGUCUUGAGUUCGGAAAAGAUAUUUUAGAAGCCAUGGAUUCUACAGUUGUUCAUAAUAAGAUCAAGAAAUUUAUGUAAUAAGAUAAAAUUUAGAUUGUCAAUCAAAACAAUGAUCAACUUUAUGGGAAUGUAAUCAACUAAGCUGCCAAUGUUGACAGCGAUGAUGAAGCCAGUCAAUAGGCUUUAAAUGAACAACUUGAGUAUGAGGAUGGUGGAUCCCCAGAUUUCAAGAAGAACAAUGCUAAAUUGCAAUUAAAGGAUAAUGAUCUUGAGGAUCUUGAAAAUGAAGUUAGACAUGAAAUUCAGAGACAAUAGAGCAAAGCUCAAUGA